AUGAAGACUCAAAACGUUAUGAAUAUUACUGAAUAUAACUUUAAUAUCUCAACAGGCGACUCACAAAAGAUCCAAGAACCUUUUAUACCAAUUUUCAUUGUUUUCUCUAUCCUCCUAUUUCUAACUUGCAUUGGAAUUGUGGGGAAUGGGACCGUCGUCUGGCUUCUUGCCUUCCACAUGAAGAGGACUCCUUUCACAACCUACAUCCUGAACUUGGCAAUUGCUGAUAUUGGGGUCCUCAUACUCAGCAUUUUGGAAUGUAUAUAUGUGGUAUAUGAGUUUAUCAUUGCAGUCCUUUAUCAUGAAGCUGUUUCUCCUCUGAAAUAUUACAUAUUUGCUUAUGUGGUCUCAUUAUUUUAUAACACUGACCAGUUUCUCCUGACGGCCAUCAGUGCUGACAGGUGCGUGGCGGUCCUCUUCCCAGUUUGGCAUCGAUGCCACCGGCGACCACACCUGUCCAGAACGGUGUGUGUCUUCAUGUGGGUCCUCUCCUUUCUACUUAGUGGAUUAGACAUCCUUCUCAUAUUUGUAAAGCAAUUUACAUGGCUCCUAUUUAUUGUGAAUGUUGUCAUUUGUACCCCACUCAUGGCUCUCUCUGCUGUCAUUUUGUUUGUCAAAAUCUGCCUUAAAUCCCAGCAACAUAAGCGGGGGAAACUAUUAACGACAAUUUUCCUUGCGCUUUUCUUCUUUCUCAUCUUUGGUUUCCCUGUGAAUUAUUUGACUGUCUUCACAUACUAUGACCUUUUGGAUGACUUGGUGAUGGUUGUUUUUGCAUGUACAAUUCUAAACUGCAGUGUUAACCCCUUAAUCUAUUUCUUAGUGGGAAGAGACAAGAAGAGCAGAUCUAGGCUCUCGAUGAAAGUUGCCCUCCAGAGGAUAUUCAAGGAUGAGGAAAACUGCAGAGGGAAAGAAGCUGAAACCCAGGGUGAUCCUCCUCUUCCUGUUCCAGCAAGGUUUGGUGCCAGUUGCACCAUUGCCUCAGCCCUGUACUUUUUGGUGGUUUAA